AUGAGUGAUCUCAAUAUUGAUGUUGUUGUGAAAAGGAUCUCUAAAGGAUCUAGACAAGGGAUGAAGGAGUAUGCAUCAGAGGUGAAGAUCAUUAGUCGAUUGAGGCAUAGGAACCUCGUACACCUUGUUGGUUGGUGCCAUCAACGGAAAGAACUACUUCUUGUGUAUGAGUUCAUGCCCAAUGGAAGCCUUGAUUCCCAUCUAUUUCGAAAUAGGGGUUCCUCGACAUGGGAGUUAAGGUACAGGAUAGCUCUUGACUUAGCCUCUGCAUUGCAGUACCUACAUGAAGGGUGGAAUCAAUGCGUCAUCCACAUGGAUAUUAAAUCCAACAAUGUAAUUCUAGAUUCCAACUUCAAUGCUAAACUUGGGGAUUUCGGUUUGUCUAGGCUUGUGGAUAAUGAGAGAGUGUCACAAACAAGGACUCAAACAACCGAUAUAGCUGGUACCAUGGGAUACAUGGCACCUGAAUAUGUCAUUACUGGGAAAGCUAGCAAAGAAUCUGAUGUCUAUAGCUAUGGAAUUGCUCUCUUAGAAAUUUCUUGUGGGAGAAAGGCCAUUGAGAAGAUGGUUGACUCAAGUGAAAUAAGUUUGGUAGAAUGGGUUUGGGAACUCUAUGGAAGAGGAAAACAUCUAGAAGCGGCUGACCCAAGUCAAGGUAUGGAUCCUGAGAGGCAAAAAAUAGAGUGCAUGAUUGUUGUUGGGCUAUGGUGUGCUCAACAAGAUUACAAUCCCCAACCUUCUAUUUUGCAAGCUACUAAUGUUCUCAAAUUUGACGCUCCACUGCCCAUUCUCCCAUUUCGUGGGGUGCCUGUUCCUUCACCAUUCUCGAUUACAUAA